GGGCUCCAAACGAUCAGCUUGUCCGGGGCACGGCAGCCUGAGCGGAGUCACGAUGCUAUUCAGUGGCCGGGGGAUGCCGCUGUGGACAGACCCAGCGCGAGGAUGCGAGUGUUUCACUUGGAUACAUUUCCUUUGAUACAAAGUAACAAACUCCCCGGUUGUUGCUACUUUGCGCUGGAGACUUCUCGCUUCUCUUGUGGCUCCAACCUUAGAUUUUCCUUUUAAAGCACCUGUCUUGUUGUUUUGUCAGUGUUUCCUCUCUCACACGCCCCGGUGUUUUUUUUAAUUUUUAAUCAGCCAGCCUUGUUUCAUGGCUCCCCGCCUCCUGUGUGUCUGAGUCGUCCCUCCCGCGGGUUUUGGGGGAAAGUGUCCCGGCUCGGUCUUUUCUCUCUCUCUCUCUUCCCCCCUAGCCCCCGGGAUGGGGUCUGUCCGAAAUGGCCUUCGCCAGAGUGACACGUACGUUCUGGCCGUCGAUGUUGGCUCCACGUCGGUCAGGUGCCACGUGUAUGACCCCGCCGCCAAGAUCAAAGGGUCGAGUAGUCGGCCGAUAAACAUGUUGUAUCCCAAGCCUGGUUGGGUGGAAGUGAAUCCAGAAGAGAUGUUUGAACAAUUUGUUGCUGUUGUUAAGGAGGCGGUUGAAGAUUCUGGAUUGAACAUUAAGCAGAUGGUGGCCCUUGGCAUUUCAACACAGAGAGCAACAUUUGUCACUUGGGACAAGACAACAGGAAGACCCUUUCAUAACUUUAUCUGUUGGCAAGACCUACGCGCAGUUGACCUUGUCAGAUCGUGGAACAAGUCAUUUUUACUUUGGGUGGUUCAUAAAUCCAGUGGAUUACUCCAUUUUCUGACCAGGAAGAAGCGCUUCCUAGCUGCAAGCGUGGUCCAUUUCUCUACCCAGCAUGUAUCCAUUCGUCUAGCCUGGGUUCUCCAAAAUAUCAAGCAGGUUCAAGAUGCUGUUAUUGAAGAAAACUGCUGUUUUGGUACCAUUGAUACAUGGUUGCUAUACAAAUUGACAAAAGGUGCUGUUUAUGCUACAGAUUACUCCAAUGCAAGUACUACAGCACUGUUUGAUCCUUAUCAGUUGUGUUGGAGUAAAUUCCUUGCAAACCUUCUUUCUGUGCCUGUGUCCAUCCUCCCUCCAGUGAAGGACACCAGUUGCAAUUUUGGAUACACCGAUGAAAGCAUAUUUGGAAUCCCUAUUCCGAUAAUGGCUUUGGCAGCAGAUCAACAGGCAGCCAUGUUUGGGGAGUGCUGCUUUGAAUCAGGAGAUGUGAAGCUCACCAUGGGAACAGGCACUUUCAUGUCUAUCAAUACUGGAACCAAGCCACAUGCUUCUGUAACAGGCCUUUAUCCAUUGGUUGGAUGGAAGAUUGGGUCUGAAAUUACAUACAUAGCAGAAGGCAAUGCUUCUGAUACCGGUAAAGUAAUCCAAUGGGCCCAGCAGCUAGGUUUAUUCUCUGAUGUUGCUGAAACUGAAAAGAUAGCACAAGAAGUCCCCAGUUCAGAUGGUGUGUUCUUUGUCCCAUCAUUCAGUGGAUUACAGGCUCCUUUAAAUGACCCAAAUGCUUGUGCAUCAUUUUUGGGACUGAAACCUUCAACCACCAAAAUUCAUCUGGUGCGAGCAAUACUGGAGUCCAUUGCCUUCAGGAACAAACAACUUUAUGACACAAUGCUGAAAGAAAUCCAUAUUCCAAUUAAAUGCAUCAGGGCAGAUGGCGGUAUAUGCAGCAAUCGGUUUGUCAUGCAGCUGACUACAGAUCUGCUCAUGUGUGACAUCGAGAAACCGAAACGUGUGGAUAUGUCCAGUCUCGGAGCAGCCUUUUUAGCUGGCCUUGCAAUUGGGUACUGGGGCAGCAGAGAAGAACUGAAGACUAUAAGAUCUGUGGAAAAGAUUUACAAACCACAAGAUGUGUUACAUCACUAUAAACCCACCGUAGAAAACUGGGAACUAGCCGUACAAAGAUCCAUGCACUGGUACAAUAAAACAAAACAGGAGUGAAUUAUUUUCUUUGAAUAAAAGAUGGCACUGACAAGUUUUCUUCUGUAAAUGUUCCAGGUUCGUGUUUGUAUAUGACUCCCAUCGAUAAACUCGCCAGAUGUAUCUGAAGGGCGAAUUUGAGACUACUGUGAGCCUUGUUUUAAGUUUUGUAAUAGAAAUAGUUAUGGAAAUACUUACUAGUUUAAGCCAUUUGUGCCUGCGAUAAUACGUACUGAAACAAAAUAAUUCCUGUUUCAAGAUAUUUUAAAUGUUUAAAUCCUUCCUGGCACCCUGGCUAGUCAGCUUGCAUCUUGUGGGUGUGAAAAUGAUAAGCUAUCACUUUGAUGGACUGUAUCGGGAAUAUCUGGCACUGCUGACCCUUGAGCCUAUGACCCAUUUAUUGAAAGUCAUGUGCACUAUGGCCCCCCCCC